AUGCACACGCGAAAGUCCAUUUUCAGUGCCAGUCUGGCCAUGAGCGGCGCUUUGUCUGCGAACUCACUCCUCUGCCCUUCAGAUAACCCCCAGAGCUGCCACAACACGACAGCUUUCGCGAACGCGUGCUGUUUCAGUGCUCCGGGAGGCCAGAUCCUGCAAACACAAUUCUGGGACAGCAACCCCGCCACAGGCCCGGAUGAUUCGUGGACCAUCCAUGGCCUCUGGCCGGACAACUGCGAUGGCACGUACGAGCAGUUCUGCGCCCCCGAGCGGGAGUACACUAACAUCACAGCCAUCUUGGCUGCCGAGUCUCCGUGCUCACUGAAAUACAUGGAGACGUUCUGGAAGGACCAAAACGGCAACGACGAAAGCUUUUGGGAGCAUGAGUUCAACAAGCACGGCACGUGCAUGAACACGCUGGAGCCGAGCUGCUACCCAGGCUACACGCCUGGCCAGGAGGUGGUCGACUACGUCAAGAAGACCAUUCAGGUGUUCAAGACGCUCCCAUCUUACGAAUGGCUGAAGAAAGCUGGAAUCGUCCCGUCGGAGACCGUGACCUACACCCUGGACCAGAUCCAGACUGUCCUCACCGCCCACCAUGGCCACAACGUCAUUAUCAACUGCAACAAGAAUAAGGAGCUCAAUGAGCUCUGGUACCACUUCAACGUCAAGGGGUCCAUUCAAACAGGCGUGUUCGUACCUGUAGACCCCGUCGGCUCGCCUUCGUCUUGCCCCAAGGAGGGAAUCAAGUACCUGCCAAAGAAGAAGGCUGGAGCAACAACCCCGGCUGCCACGACCACGGCGGCCUCUACCUUGAGCACCGUUCUCACAUCCGCGGCCGGCUCUACUUCUACUACCGCAAACCCAUCCUCCAUCUCUGGAAAGGGCCACCUUUUCGCAACCUCGUCUGGCGUGUCGAGCCCCGGCUUCCUCGUCUCCGGCGGCAACUGGUACCGCGGCGGCGGCACCCCGGCCACCUUCACGGCCACACCUGCUGCGGGGGGUUCAUUCACUCUCACCUCCAGCAAGGGGAACUGCGCUGUGCAGGAGAACGCGUCGCUGCUGUGCGCGUCCUCUGUCGCCACUGGGUCCUCGUUCGGCUACGACGGUACGUUCUUGACGUACGCCGGCGCAUCUGUGUUCUACACUGCCGAGGUCCCGGCUGGAAACACGCAGAGCACCGUCUUCACGAAGGCGAAUGCUGUCACUCUGCAGUUCACGUGGACCGCGGCGUAG